AUGGCUCGCAACAUCGAUAACAUUGCUCUGGAAGUCAAGGAAUUGAUCGUGCAGCAUUUGGAGGAAGAAGACGCCGGGCCAGGGUAUCCCAUAUGGCCGCAGCUGACGGAGAAGUCUCGUCGUAAUAUUCUGAGUAUUCGGCAGGUCUCUCUUAUUGGCGAUCUCACCUUUCGCCUUAUCCAAUUCGACUUGGAUGAUCUCGCCGAUAUUUCCAACGAUUCGAACCUCUCGAGAUGGAUCAACACCAUAACCUUCGGCACCGGCGGCUUCGAUGAAUUGGCACCGUCCAUACAUCCAGAUGAUUACGACGAUGAGAAUUAUGGGACGAACCCCUGUGUCUUUCGAGAUCUGAUGAUGUACACGCAUAAGACCCAAGAUAAAGAUUCCUUCUCCACCGUGGCCGAGAAGUACGUCAAGUGUUCCAGAGAUCAGGAAGAGCUCUAUCAGUCUGGCGGUGGAGCCAAUCAACUCACCACUAUCCUCCAGACGCUCCCACAAUUGAAGAAGAACGUGAGGAUAAAGACAUUCGACCCCGUCGGACGUAGAAGCACUCAUCUGCGAGGAUGGAUCACUCCGAAAGAACGACCGCUCUUCAAGAAGAUUUGGACGGACUUCUUACUGGCUACUAACAACAACGAUUCAUUAUGUAGAUCCUCAGAUGCAGAGAUCAUCAAAUGCGCCGAGCACAUGAGUCGAAUCUACAAAGAGUGGAGUUAUCAGCGCAGCUUCAAGGUUCUUCCAGUUGUCUUUGCUGCACUAGCUAGGUUAGCAAAACAUCUAGAAGAUAUCAGGACCGCGGGUCUUUAUUAUCGUCAAGCGCCCGAGGCGCCUUCAGUAAGAAACUUGUUUGAACAUCUCCCCGGUACCUUGUCGUUCCUCCACACCCUCAGAGUCACCAUCCAGUCCGCCGAUGCCAACGCACUGUCGAACUUGCUGGGGACAACUUCAUCCAUACGCGAUAUUGAGAUCAAAUUCCCAAGACCCGAGACGGACGGACACAAGGAACGCACCAUGAGACGAGUUGUGCCAGCCCUGACGACUACCAAAAAUAGCUUCAUACAGAUGCGUCUUACAGGUUUCUACAGCAUCCAGGAGAAGGACUUGAUCACACUGCUUCAGGCUCACUUGGGAACGCUCAGAUGUCUCGAGAUGGUGGGCGUGUGCGUCACCGACAGUUCGGCUAACAUGGAUGGAGAUGUGAACGGUGUCCUACGCCAUGUAGUCACUGAAAACCCUACGGGUCUGAGGGACUUCUACCUAGCGGCGUACUGUAAUUUCGGAUACACGCUAUGGGAUCCCAAGUCAAAACUGGAUAAGACCAUCCUUGCUGGGAUUACUUUCAGCUUUGAAAUCGAAACUCCAGGCAAUGAUGCGAAUCUACACUUCUGUCCGACUGGCGACAUCGAAUCGAAGGAGGGACAUUGAUGAGAUAUCCAAAGAUAGGAAGGAUUAUGGAGCGAGAAGAUGCUGGUCAACUGGAUAGUACCCCGAUCUAGCUCAUCAGUAGACUCUUCUUCUACUAUAGGACGGAAUAACACAC